GAAAGUCUUAUCGGAAUGCUUGUAGCUAAUACAAAUAUCGUACCCGGCAGAAUGAUGAAUUUGAAGAAAUACUGUAGUGACAAACUGAGUGAUAAACUGAGUGAUAAAUCUGAAGAAAUAUUGCAAGAAAAAGAUGAAAAGCAUACUUUCGCGACAAAAUGGUUAUUGAAAUGA